ACUCAGUCUCAGAGUGAGAAAUUUAUUUAUUUUUAAUGAAUUUAAGUAUGGUUAGCAUCCAUUGCCACUUUCCUGCAUUAGCUCCUCUACUACCACAUGAUAAACAGCACAAUGUUCCAAAGACCCUGCUCUGGCUUCCUAACAUUCCUAAACAAAUACCCAGUGAUUACUACAGAAUGAAAAACCACACUUCACUGAGAACGAAGACCAAAGCUUUCACCACUUCUUCAUUGGUACUCUUAGAUAUCACUUCUCCACCUGCUGCUUCUGGUGAUAUUUCUGUAUUUCUGCAAACAAGUGCAUUGCUCGUCGCUGCGUAUUUGUUUUCUAACUUUAUUGUGCCAGACUUAAUAGUCAAGAAUCUUCAGAAAAGGAACGAAAGCAUAGAACAGGAAGAAGAGAACCCCAGGAGAAGAUAGAAGUGAUGCACAGCAAUGAGCCUUCUACCAGAGAACUAAGAGCUCUGGUGAAGCCACUUCCUGACAAGUGCCAAUUAAUUUUCUUACUUAUUUUGAGGGUUUUUCCGGUAAGUUAUUCUGCAAGAGAGUUGUAACCAAAGGCUUGUAUUGUGCACUACGGAUAAAAAAAAAAAAGGAUAAUAGAAAUGUUUUCUUUUGCUCA